UGACAAUAAGCGAGUAAAUAACGCCGCAGUGUGUGUUCAACUACAGAUGAUUUUUUGUUUUUGCUACCGCAAGACGUUUCGCAAUCACGAUGAAUUUCGGUGACGCGAAUAUAUUUCGGUGCAUUAUCCUAGUGUUUUGUUUCGGAUACGUACAGAAUAGGCGUAAAAUAAAACUUAGUGCUGACGCAGACUUUCGUGAUCGAAAUUCGGACAUUUAUUUGAACUCUUUGCAACUGAUAGCUAAGUACGGAUACAGGCCUGAAAGGCAUACAGUGAUAACAAACGAUGGUUAUUUAGUGAACUCCUAUAGGAUACCAAGCAGUGGACCUCCAGUGUUGUUAGUUCAUGGGAUUGGUGACAGUUCCGAUUCGUGGUUAGUGUUGGGACCAGCUAAAUCUGUGGCGUAUCAGUUAGCGGAUCUAGGAUACGACGUUUGGAUAUAUAAUGCCCGGGGGAAUAAAUAUAGCAAGGGACACAUCAAAAACCUCUCUGAAAAAGAAUAUUGGAAUUUCAGCUAUGAAGAGAUGGGGACGCAAGAUUUGCCUGCAGUGAUUGAUUAUGUACUCCAAACAACGUCUCGACGUAACCUGUCCUAUAUUGGGUUUUCUCAAGGAACGGCGAUUUUUUUCGUCAUGUGUAGCAUGAGACCUGAGUAUAACGAGAAGAUAAAUCAAGCCAUACUGCUAGCUCCGAUAGCGUGGAUAACAAACACUCAGUACCCGUUUAUGGACAUUUUAGCACAAAAUUUAGAUUUAUUGAAAACUUUUUUUGAUAGUAUCGGAGUGUAUGAUGUGUUUGCCAAUAAUGUAUUGAGUAAUCUUUAUCAUGCGAAAGUGUGUCGGGAAGGGGUGCCUGAGAAUAUAUUGUGUAAGUUGGAGUACUAUAUAAGUUAUGGCAUUAGGAAUAUAAGUAAUCUAUAUCCAGAAAAACUACCAGUGCUUGCUAGUCAUAUUCCUGCCGGAGUAUCAACGAAGACGUUUGUUCACUAUUUUCAAAGUUAUUUGAGUAAACGAUUCCAAAGAUUUGAUUAUGGAUCGAAAUUAAAUCAGGAGGUUUAUUCAUCGAUGCAGCCUCCUUCUUACGACCUAUCCUUGGUAACCGCGCCAAUUUAUAUGUUCAGUAGUGAGUCUGAUUGGUUUAGCACUCCAAUCGAUGUCGAAAGACUUACGAACCGACUGCCAAAUAUUGUUAGAAGUGUCAAGUUGAAUAAAUCUUUAGAUUUCACGCAUUUGGAGUUUGUUUAUGGUACUCGAGUCAAUGAAAUUGUUAAUGAUGAUAUUAAAAGAAUACUAAGAGGAGAUAUCUGAAUGUUUUUUUUUUGUAAUUUUAUUCAGAAUCAUGAGCUGUGAUAAUUAUUAAAUUGUACCUACUGUUGUAAUGGUUAAAAUCUUCAAGAUUUUAUCCACUGUUGUUUUUUUAUUAAUUUAGAUAGUUAUUAAUGUUAAUAAUAUUGAAUGUAUUUACCUUGGUCUAGAUGUAAACAAGUUCCUCCGAACACAGAGACCUGAAUGAUAUUGUUAAUUAGCAUGGUGCAGUUAUUGAAUGGCCUGACCUACGAUAAAGUGAUAUAAUUUUAUUAUUAUUUCAUAAAACAAUAGGCUCUAGUUUCCUGGUAUCUUCUGAGUGGUCUAACAUACUGAGUUCCACUGAGUUGUUUAAGUUAUUUAAAGCGAAUUCCUACAGUAUUGUAUUCUAUGGCCGACGCUAUUUUGUCAUAUGGAUAAAUAAAAAUAAUUAACAACAUACAUCAAUAGACAUUCUUAUAAAUAUUGAAAGAGUAGGAAAAGGGUAAAAAUACCUUUUUUGUAAAUUGACAAAUAAAAUAAACGCGUUUUGGUUUUCUGUAUGAAACCAAAGGGGUACUUUGAUAGGGAUAAAAUUGCUUAGGGGACGAAUAGGGGUAACCAAAGGAUUUGCAAUCAUUGCGAUAUUUUGAAACAGAUUAUAUUCCUAGCCGAAUUCCUAAAAGAAGGGGGCUCUCAAUUCGAACGUCGGAUGUAAGUAUAUGUACCAAAUACCUUAGUUAUGUUAGCACCCGUAACACGAGCUAAUAAAUAGCUUACCAUAGGAUUAACUGACCGUAUGUUCCCCAUAUUUAUAAAAUAAUAGUUAUCGAUACAGAUAAACAUCAUAUUCUACUAAUUUAUACUAAUGUUUUUAUUUUUACACUUCAUGCUCAGGUCAAGUCAGGUCAUUGGUAUAAACUUUAGGAUUCGAAAAUUGGUCUGAUGUACCUAUACUUCUCAAGUAGUUUAUUAAAAUAUAAAGUAAACUAUUGAUGAGACUUUGUCAUGUAGGUUUUUUUUAAAAGAAUGUGAUCUAGUGAAUAAUAAAUAAGUGUGUAGAUGCCUAAAUAUAGAACAGAUUAUAAUUUCAGCAGGAAAUGUUCAAAUUUUUCUGUUACCUAUUGAUUGUGAUAACCGUAAAAUAUUGUACCUGAGUGUAUUUCUGCAAUUAGUAAAUGUCACAAAAAUAUGUAUAGGUAGGUAUGGUGGAAUAUUUACCUAUUGUCUUUAGAACAAUAAGUUAAUAUUUGGAAUACUAACACUUAAGUGUCAUUGAUUUCAUUUGUUGGUGAUCAAUGAGCCCGGAAUAUCAAAUUUAGUGCUGUUUUGUGAUUUAUUUAUUACUAGGGAUACAUUAAUAAAUGUGUUACAAGCUUAUAAAGUUAAAAUACAAGUGAAAAUUUAUACUCAAAAUUGUGACGGGAACUAGUUUUAGCGGUGCGGUGUGUAUUAAAAUAAUGCUUUGUAACGCGGAAUUGUUUGUCGUGUGGCCAGGAACUGUAUGUGCUAAUAAAAUAAUUAAAAGUAGCUUGCUUGUAUAAUUUUAAAGUAAGUUAUUAUAUUGUAUUUUGCACUUAUUUAGGGUAAUAAAUUGUUAUUGUUGUCUAGUUUGUGUUAGUUAUAGUUUUUUUUCGGUUAUUAUUUUCUUGUACUUUUUUUGUUUAUAAAAUGGUAUAAUAUAAACACUACGUUUGUGUUUAAGGAAAGUAAUCUUUAUACCAUUCCCUAUAGGUGAUUAAGUAACAGUAUGAGUUUACGUAUGUGG